UAGUUUAUUUUUCUAUUAGUAAUCCAAUUAAUCAACAAUUAACUGAACGUUUUAAAAGGAAAAUGAAUUUCGUGUCUCCGUAAUCUUUUUUUUCUUGUUACUUACCUGACUUUUUAUACCUUUUGCUUUGUGUCCUUUGUCUUGGUCUUGUCAUCUAAAUACAAUUGAUUUGAGAAAUUGUUACAAUUUAACCAAAGAUGAAGUUAAUUAUUUCUAUAAUUAGUCUGGCAAUACCUUUGAUUGGUAUUUCUAUUGUUUAUAUUUAUCCAAGUUUUAAGGAGCAAAGUGUUGAGUUGAUUUUUUUCCUUGGUAAGACAAUUUAUUAUGGGAUCAGAAGAGUUGAUCCAGAUAAUUCGGAUGGAGUUAGUGGUAAACGUUGCCUACCUUCGGGUGAAUUAUUGUUCACUCAAGAAGAUCUGGCUAAAUAUAAUGGCGAUAAAAGUGGUUCUAAAAUUUAUCUCGCCUUUCUUGGUAUAGUUUAUGAUGUUUCCGGUGGUUCUAAACACUAUGGACCCGGUGGGGCUUAUGCCUUCUUCUCGGGGAAAGAUGCCACCCGUGCCUUUGUGACCGGACAAUUUGACAACGAUGGACUUGUGGAUGAUGUCAACGGCUUAUCAGUUGACUCUUUUUCCAGUGUUCGUCAAUGGGAAGACUUUUAUGAGAAAGAUUAUAAAAGAGUUGGUCGGGUUAUUGGUGCUUAUUACGAUAAAUUAGGUUGUCCGACAAGUUCCAUUGAUUAUGUAAAGACAAUGUAUAAAAAACUUGAAGAGGAAGAAGCUAAAGCUCUGGAAGAUACUGAUCAGUUUCCUCAUUGUAAUAGUGAAUUCCAUGCGGAAACUAAUUACCAUAGAGUUUGGUGUUCUGACAUGAGUGGGGGAACAAAAAGAAACUGGAUCGGUGUACCAAGGCAAUUGUACCUUCCCCGUGAAAAGGUUCACCGAUGUGCUUGUGUUAAAGAUAAAGGUUCACCUACAGUUCCAGCAAUCGAUUAUGCCGAUGAUGACGAUGAAAUGAUUCCAGAUCAAGAAACAGUUGAACAAGAAGCAAUCAUAACCUCUACCAAAUUAGAGGAAACAGAACAAGAUGUCGGAGAUUUGAAACAUCCAAGAAUCAAAGAGUAUCCUAAUUGUGAUCCCAAUUCACACGAAUGUGUCCUCUCUUCUCCCCUUUAAUCAACUUUAAUUACUCUCGAGAAGAUUGUUCUCUUUCUCUCUAAUCAACUCUAAUCUGUCAUUUUCAUCAAUAGUUUUCAAAAAUUUCGUGGCCUGUGCAUUGAAAUUUUCAAUAUUCUUGCAAUAUCAUGAAAAAUAAUUUUCUUCUUUCAAGCUUGAAGGAGAAAUAUAUUCUCAUUGGAAAAGAAAA